AUGGAUGAUAGUCUGUCAUCCCCAUCACGGUCUAAACCAGUUAAAGUCACAUACUCUACGCGCCGUAGAGCAAGGAGAGGAAGCGCUCGCGUCGAUUAUACUGAAGAUUCCGAUGGAGAUGAUGCACAGGAGGAUGAAUCUGAAGAAAAGGAGGCUCAGGAGGCUCAGGAUAGUCCAAACGAGGACGAUUCAAAGGACGAGGCGGCCAGUGAGAAGCAAGAGCCUAAGAAGGUCGAAGUAGUCUUACCGGGUCCUUCUCCUCGCUCACGGAACCACUCUGAGAAUUCUCCUGUCCCCAGCAAGCCAGCAAAUAGGGCGAAACGGUCUAGCCAUUCACGCGCAUCCUCCGUCGUUUCAAACGCCAUUGAGAACGGUAACAACGUAUCGGAUACGCCUAGCGUGAAUGAUACGUCUGUGCAUAACCAUGUCCCAAAGUCACCUGAGAGACCAUCACCCGAUGAUAGCAUUGGUGAUGACCGUUCAUCUAUUGGCGAAUCCUCCAAGACCAGGGUGCGGAAAACCGAAACAGAACGCAUGGAAUUUUUGCAAAGUGACGAGCUCUCCGGCGACGUGGAGCCCCAUCGUAUGUUUUGCAUGGGAUGUCAGGAAUGGAUUGAUCUAAACCACAAGCGGAGAUAUGUCAUGCAAAAUUGGAUUAAUCACCGUAAAGCAUGUAGCAAACAACGAGGUCGAUCAGUCAAAUCCGAAGUCCUAGAACACAAACCAGAAGUAAAGCUGGAUGCAAAAUCUGAAAUUGGAACGGAGGAUGACAAUAUCUCUGUCGCUACUCCUGAGAAACCUACGUCGAUACUGGAAAGAGCCUCGAAGGAACGGCCCAGUAAUCGCAUCGCGAUGGCCCAGAGGAAACUCAAGCUUGUCAAUGACCCUCAAGUGAAGAAGCUGACUGAUCAAAGUGCGGAAUGCACGGUGUGCCGAUUGGAAGUGUCCGUCAGGGGGGAAAUUGAUUACGAUCUCGCCCUCUGGGAGGAGCACAAGGCUACCUGCACCAUACCCGCUCCCAGACUUCCUGAACGCAGCAAUAGUUUUGCCUCACUGCAAGCCUAUGCGGCGGAUCCUCUAUCCCCCAAGGCUGUACCGUCGACGUCGACUGCAGUACAUCCGACCAUAGAUUCCGUUCCUGCGAGACCCCCCGCGUCGGCAGCGUCGACAGACGCGACUGUUAUUGGGUCAGAUUCCUCUCCCUCGCGGGCGAGUCAAAAGAGAGGGCGUGAGGACGAUGGCGAGGAAACGACACGCGUCGUUCGCCCGCGCACGGAAUUGUAUGAAGUCCCGGAGGGAGAUUCGCCUGGUUUCCUCGACUGGCUCGUCCUCCCGUUCCGUUCGUUCGUCCGCGGGUUUCGGGAAGGGAUGUCUUCUAGUUGA